ACAGAUACUGAAAUGAAUAGUAUCGCGUACGGUCCUUUAUCGCCUACUUUUCCUCAACGUGAAGUUUAUACUCCUUGGGGGAAUUGGGCCUGGAGUAGUGAAUAUCUUGUCUGUAGCCUGUACGGAAUAUAGACAUCUGGACAGAUUCGCUCUAGGACACACGUUUAUGAUAAUGCAUCUCAAUGAGGCGGCUUAAACUAAGAAAAUGUCCAAAUUGAAAUAGUAACCUACCAUAUGAGGACUGUAUGUAUGUUUUUUAAAUUAUCACACAAUUUUCAUAAUGAUAAUGCGAUUUAUUUAUUUUUACAAGCAAUGUAUGAAAAGUUAUGGUAAAACUCGAGUCGCGCACUUUCCAUGCCUAAAACAAUCACACCGCAAACAAUAACCAGGAGUGUGACCGCAGAAUCUCAACGAACAUACAAGUCGCCCCACCCCUAGGCCAGAGCAUCUUCUGUGAGAUUGGUCCAUAACGUUCCCGUUUUAAUGGUGCGACCUACAACUGCAACUAAUUGGCGUAGUAAGCACAACUUUGACAGUGCCGUGAAAAUUCCCUUCAGUUUCACGGAAUAAAUGUUUUUACAAGACGAGCAGCCGAGGUGCACACUUUCCACUUACCACUCGCCGGCCAUGAAGAACAUGUCUUUCUGGCGGCUAGAGAAGCGGAGCUCCAGCAAACCGGAUCAUGGGACGUCUUGCCCGAGCAGUGCCGAGACUCACUUUCCCACUUCCAAAUCAGACAACUACAAAGCCAUGGUCUCGAUGAACAAUUCUUUGGAUGUUUACAAUUACAAGACGCUGGCUUACUCCGGUGGAACGUUGCCGAGAAACCGCAGAAAGGUGGCGUCGCAGAUGUGGAACUCCAUGACGCACUCGCCUGAGCAGCACAGGAAGGUCAUUGUUUUGGAGAAAGAAGAUGAGGAGGCGUUUGGCUUUGAGAUCCAGACCUACGGUCUCCAUCACACGGACGAGACGUCGGUGGAGAUGUGCACGUUCGUCUGUAAGGUGUGUCCUGGCAGCCCCGCCCAUCGCGCGGGCCUCAGAGUUGGAGACACCAUCUCAGGUGUCAACGAGGCCAGUGUCGAUGGGUUUCGACAUAAAGAAAUCGUUCAGCUGAUAAGAUCCUCUGGCAACACUAUCAGGCUGGAGACGGUGUACAGUGACUCCUUACGGAAGGCCGAGCUGGAGGCCAGACUGCAGUAUCUACGGCAAACCUUGCAGGAGAAGUGGGAUGAAUAUGAGUCUCUUAUGAAACAGGAGCAAAAGCUUCUGCAUGGCAUUCUAAUGAGCGAUGAGGCGGUCUCAGAGUCCAAGGCCCUGGCGUGUUUCAACGUGGGCAACCCCAGCCCCGUCCCCAGCCCCGCCCACCUCCACCACCACCAGCUCACCCACCAUCCCGCCCACGUCCCCACCAGCGCUAGCAGGAGCGCUAGCAACGUUAGCACCGCAACAGCAGCUAGCCCGCACAGCCACGCCUCCCCGUGUCCCAGCAGCCGCCCCAGCGCCGGCUCCACAGAGGAGCGGCUUCCUGGAGGCGCCCACAGGGCCAGCGGCCUCUUCGCCGCCGCCAAGACCAACCUCACCCGCAGUGCCAGCACCCGCAGCUACCUGCGGGGGGCGGCGGGGCACGGCGCGUCUGAGAAGCCGGGCGGUGCCAGCCAGGGUCUCUACGGCUCCCUGCCGCGGCGGGCCAAGCAGAACAGUUUGUGCAGACAUCUGCUCAGGUUCAUUCCAGGACUCAACAGACCCCUGGAGGAGGAUGAGAACAAGCUGUGACAACCAGACCGCACCUUACCUCAUCUCAAAUCUUACUCCCGCUCAAAUAUUACCAUGUCUGAAAUCUUAACCCAUCCCAAAUCCCACUCCAUCCCAGAUCCCACUCCAUCCCAAAUCUUACCUCAACCCAAAUCUCAUCCCACCCAAAAUCUUACCCCAUCAGAAAUCUCACGCCAUCCCAAGUCAGACCUUGCUCCAUAUCCAACCCCAUCCCAAAUCUUACCACAUCCCAAAACGCACCCGAUCCCAAAUCUUACCCGAUCAGAAAUCUCACCCAAUUCCAAGUCAUACCUUGCUCCAUAUUCAACCCCAUCUGAAUUCCUACCCCAUUUUAAAACCCAUCCCUUCCCAUACCCUGUGGCAGGGUCUGUAGUGACCUCUUUGGCCUCAGUAAGGGUUUGUAAAAUUACUUUUGUGCUGCACAUGCCUUUUUCCAUUUUUUAUGCAGGUAUUUAUUUAUUUCGUGUUUUUGUAGAACUUUUUUUCUUUUGUAAUAAAGACAAAAAAUGCCAGCUGAUCGUGCUGUUCCUGUAAGAGUAACCUUGUUAUGAGAUUAUGAAUGGCUCUUUUUUUUCCUUCAAAAGUGAUGAGCAAAUUAAAGUGGAUCACUGGAAAGUUUUUAUCUGGCCUUUGUGUUCGUGGAUUUUCAUCAUUCUUGUAGCUCUGCAAUGCAGUGGCCUAUAUCAUUUAUCCCAAAGACAACUUCACUCACCUUCAGAUAUCUUUGUCCUUAAAAUGCAUGUGAAGAACUGUCCCCACUGGUUUAAGCUUGCUCAUUUGAAAAUUAGAGACCUAGUGAAAUUGAGAAGUAAAAAAAGGGGGUCAUAGCCCCUGAUUAAUAAUACAGUGUAAUUAUGAACAUGUGCUUAACCAGUUUUCCUUAAAUACCAUAUCGGUUUCUCUCAACUCUGAAGACCAGAAGGAGUCAACAGUGAAUUCAGCUGUGAAGCAGACUGACUCCAGAAAGUAUGGGCCAAUAUUUUGCUGAAAUUUUGCUGAGUAAGCACACUGUUCCACCCAUAACUAAGCUUAGCAGAGCCACAUACAACAGCCACACUCAACACAUUUGGAUGAAGGGUUACCCAGAAAUUCCUGUUUGGCUCAAAGGUAUCCAGUGUAUCCAGGUAUUGCCAUUAGACACUGAUGUAUCUGACGUAAUGUGAGAAUUUCUUUAAUCUGCUUGCAAAAUAUACAAAUCUUUUACUAAUCUCUUAUAGUAUCUGUCACAUUAGGACUAAAUAGUAGGAUAUACAUUUCCCUCCCUUAUACUGUA